AUGGCAGACAAGCUCCGUACCCUCCAAAACCUCGAGGCCCUCCAAACCCGCUACGUCGGUACCGGGCACGCCGACACAACCAAGUACGAAUGGACCUCCAAUAUUGUCCGCGACAGCUACGCUUCGUACAUUGGUCAUCCGCCUCUUCUGGAGUAUCUGGCGAUUGGAAUGGGUGAACCCAAGGAGAAAGUGCGCACGAUGAUGAUUGAGAAGAUGAUUCGGGGGGGCUGGGAAUCCGCCGGAGGUACAAGAUUAAGUGGUUCUAUAGCGCUACGAUUCGAAAAUACGACGAUUUAUGGACUCUCGAUGACGAUAAAGGGAUGA